UAAUUGUUUAAACGAAUGUUUGGUCUUUGCAAAGUGCAGAUUAACAGUGGUCAAUUUCACUAGCCUAGACAUAUACUAAUAAUAAUCAAGUGGCGGGACUAAUUUUUGUUGUUUUUCGAAUCCCAGAUUGUAGCUUUUCAAUGUAUAUGGACUACUUUUUCACGCGGAGGAUUAGUCGGACCGCGUCGUCAUCAUAGUUUAUAAAUAGGUCAUUGAAGAAUAUUCAUGGUCGCGGAGUGAAAAGGCAGGUGUUUCACGGCUGUAAUCAAAUUAAAACAAAAACUUUUUUCAAAGUUUUAGGCCAGACAUUUUUAAAUUAAAGAAUUUGAGCUGUGUUUCCACCUUGGCCAAUUCAAUAAGGAUGAACAGCAGUGGUCAAUCAUACCCGUUGGCCUCCCUGUACGUAGGGGACCUGCAUCCUGACGUCACAGAGGCCAUGCUCUACCAGAAGUUCUCUCCUGCUGGGCCCAUCACAUCCAUCCGCGUCUGCCGUGACGUCAUCACUCGCAGGUCCCUAGGAUACGCCUACAUCAACUUCCAGCAGCCCGCUGAUGCGGAAUGUGCUCUGGAUACGAUGAACUAUGAGGUCCUCAAGGGUCGGCCUAUCAGAAUAAUGUGGUCUCAGCGCGACCCAGGGCUACGGAAGUCAGGAGUUGGAAACAUUUUUAUCAAGAACAUGGACGAGUCCAUUGACAACAAGGCCCUGUAUGACACAUUCUCAGCCUUUGGGAAUAUUCUGUCUUGCAAGGUUGUGUGUGAUGAGAAUGGCUCCAAAGGCUACGGCUUUGUUCACUUUGAGACCCAAGAGGCAGCCAAUCGUGCCAUUGAUACCAUGAAUGGAAUGCUGUUGAAUGACCGGAAAGUGCUAGAGACAGGUAGUGACUCUGGCAUUGCAGACCCAAAAGCCCAUUUCCUGGGGGGGAAAUGUCAGUUGUCCACGAUUAGUUUUGUUGGCCACUUUAAGUCCCAUAAGGAGCGACAGGCUGAGUUUGGGGCCAAAGCCAUGAAGUUCACCAACGUGUACAUCAAGAACUUUGGCGAAGACUAUAGCGAUGAGAAACUCCAGGAUGUCUUCUCUGCAUUUGGCAGGACCCUCAGUGUGCGGGUGAUGAUGGACGAAAGGGGCCGGUCUCGUGGAUUUGGCUUUGUAAACUAUGAAAACCACGAGGAUGCACAAAGGGCAGUUGAGGAGAUGAAUGGGAAAGAACUCGUUCCUGGCCGAGUUCUGUAUGUGGGCCGUGCUCAGAAGAGGAUGGAGCGACAGGGUGAGCUGAAACGGAAGUUUGAGCUGAUCAAACAGGAACGCAUCCACCGCUAUCAGGGGGUAAAUUUGUACGUCAAGAACUUGGAUGAUGGGUUAGACGACGAGAAACUCAGGAAAGAGUUUGCCCCUUAUGGCACCAUCACCAGUGCCAAGGUGAUGACGGACGGGGGCCACAGCAAGGGCUUCGGCUUUGUCUGUUUCUCAUCUCCUGAGGAGGCCACCAAAGCGGUGACUGAGAUGAACGGCCGCAUUGUGGCCACAAAGCCGCUGUACGUGGCUCUGGCCCAGCGCAAGGAGGAGCGGAAGGCCAUCCUCACCAACAAGUACAUGCAGAGGACCAUGCCUGGCCCAGUCAUCGACUCCUACCAGCAGGCAGGCUACUACAUGACUGCUGUGCCUCAGCCCCCAAGUCGCACCUUCUACAACCCCAACCCUGUGAGCACCAUGAGGACGUCUCCUCGAUGGGCUGCACAGCCACCCAGACCACAGGCACCCUACUCGGGCCAGUUUGUCAGGUCUGCUGUUCCCCGACGCGCCUCCACCCCCAUCAGCACCGUCAGACAGGCCUCCACCCAGGCUCCACGCAUCAUCAACUACACACAGAGGAUGGCUAACAUUGGCACACAGACAGCAGGAGGUCGUGCAGGCAUGUCUGGUGGUAUGGUCCGAGGCACCCAGUAUAAGUACUCAUCAGGGGUGAGGAACUUACAGCAGGUCAUCACUAUGCCCGCACCAAUGGCAGUGCAGCAGGUUGUUACCCAGCAGAUGAUGGAGCCAGCGGUGCAUGUCAGAGGCCAGGAACCCCUCACUGCCUCCAUGCUGGCUGCAGCCCCCCUCAUGGAGCAGAAACAGCUGCUUGGUGAGCGAUUGUACCCUCUGAUCCAUGGCUUUCACCCCAACCUGGCUGGUAAAAUCACUGGGAUGCUGCUGGAGAUUGACAACUCUGAGCUUCUGCACAUGCUGGAGUCACCCGAGUCCCUGCACUCUAAGGUGGAUGAGGCGGUAGCUGUGCUGCAAGCCCACCAGGCAAAGGAAAACUCUCCUAAGUAGAGAACCCCUUCAGGACACUGCAAAGGAAUCGCUGAAGGAGGAAAAAGUUAAAACAAACAAAAAAAAGAGAAAAAUGUAAAAGGGGAAAAAAAGGAAGAAAAGGUUUUGUAAAUGGCACUUUUGAUUAAAAUAUAUAUCUAUGUAAAAAAAAAAAAAAAAAUACAUGCUGUUUGCAGUGGGAUUAUGUUUAUUCUACUUUUUGUUUAAAAAAAAAAAAAGAAAAUGGGAAAGGAAAAUAAAGUAUUGGUGUUUUUGUGCAUUAAACCUGUAUAUCACUUAU